AUGAGCACUGACGAAGUGUCUCGGAUGUUUUUACCUCAACGCAAGACUGUACACAGGAGUAAUUCGUCCUCGUCGCUCUCAUCCACUAGUUCUUCUGGUUCAACGGUCACCCUCACCCAGAGUGAUGGCUCAUCAGAACCCGCUCAUGGACCAAAGAAGAAAACAAGGGGAGGGUUCUGGCCUGUUUCCAAGUCGGAGUCGACCGCGAGUGUCUCCAAUGCCCGGGCAAACGGGUCGCUUCAAACGGCUAUCGGAAACUCCUUGGUAGGAAAGAGUCCGGUACAGCCAGCACUGCCGAAUCAGAGUCCAACAACUCAAGUGAAUGGGUCCAGAGUUGUAAAUGGAGCGGUCACUGGCGAGCCAGCCGCGAUUUUGGCACUGUUACCGAUGAAUGGCACGUUCGAGAGGAAACAGAUCAAUCUCCCAUUCUAUCCAGAAGUCCUUCGCAUUGGCCGUCAGACAAAUGCAAAGACUGUUCCAACUCCCGUGAACGGAUAUUUUGACUCCAAGGUGCUGUCGCGACAACAUGCCGAAGUAUGGGCAGAUCGGAGUGGGAAGGUGUUCAUCAGAGAUGUGAAGUCGUCAAAUGGCACCUUUGUCAACGGACAGCGACUCUCGCCGGAAAAUCGAGAAUCCGAGCCCCAUGAACUUCGUCAACACGACACACUAGAAUUGGGCAUAGAUAUCGUGAGCGAGGAUCAAAAGACCAUUGUUCACCACAAGGUUUCAGCCAAGGUGGAAUAUGUAGGCUUGCCUGGAACGACCAACAACGUGCUCGAUCUUACUUUUGGCGACCUGGAUCCCUCUCAUGGUGGAAGCCUAUUGGCAUCACCUGUAAGUUCACCAAUGCUUCACAGUCGAAGCCGGCCUGGGGGACCGACAACGAACGGGCGGGCUUCGGCUCCAUCAAGCGUCGCAGGCAGUCAGAUGAGUUCAAUUGCGCAGCAACGGAUGAAUAUGUGGGGUGCCACGCCUCUGAAUGUGGAACAGCUUGUCAAGACAUUGGCCAUAGAGAUGCGAGCAGCAAGACAGCAGGCGGAGGAACUCGACCAGGCGGGUGCGUUUCUGAACUCAUUGUUGACACCUGGGGCAGCAGCGCCCCGACCUCAGCCCACAUCAAAGGAAGGGGUUCCUCAACGGCAGUCCAAUGGACGUGCUAAGGCUCCCAAAAUGGAGCAUAUGACGCGCUUCGCUGAUCCCCCAGCACCACCGCCACAGCAACCGCUUCCGGAGAAGCCAGACUCUUCAAAAGCAAGCCCUGUUGCAACAUCAUUUACGAAUCUCCUGAAGCGCGGAGAAACCGCUAAACCGCCCAGCAAUGCAUCAAAUUCUCCCACAAAUACUCAAAACAGUCAAAUGAUGUCUCUCAUCGAGGCGCUGUCUAUCGCCAAAAAGGAACUUGACUCUCAGGGCGCCCGCGUGAAGCAACUAGAAGAUAUGCUGAGGCAGGAACGGUCAGCCAGAGAGGAUGCUGAAGAACGUGCUCGAAAGCUCGAACAACAUGCAGCAUCACGGCCGGUCUCGGUCGUUGAAGAAGAAUCCGAAACUCCGACAGAAUCUACUCACGACGCGAAGGGCAUUGAAGAAGUGGGAAACGAGGCGAACGGCGAACUUGAUGCGAGAACGAUGAGCCUACAGCAGAACCUGGACCAAGUUCUUGGGGAGAUGCAGAGACUAAAAGCAGACGUGGACCAAUUCCAGCGUCGCGCAGAGACAGCAGAAGCCGAUGCAACCAACGCCCGGAAAAGCCUCGCAGAGAUGAUUGAUAAGAUUCGAGCAGAAAACGAGAAAGCCGAAUCAUCCACAAGGAAGUCGCGUGAACAUGAAACACGCACCCAGGGUGACGAGGACGCUGAGGCUACCAACGCGGAAGAAGAGCAAAUCUCGACGUCCCUAAUCCAGUCAGUCGCACAAGCAAAUGGCCACGUUCGCACACCCAGAUUACCUGAGCACCUUGAGCGGGCAGUGGCAACGGUUCUACGAGACAAAAGCAGUAGCUCAGAUGCUAUUGCUCAGUCAGCACCAUACGUGUCCAUGCUCGGGGUGGUCCUAAUCGGAGUAGGACUAAUGGCCUAUCUCAACUCCUGGCAGAAGUCGGAAACAUGA